AUGGGGCUGUGCUACAGCCUGCGCUCCCGCCUGGCCGCCGCGCACCCCUCGGUGCCCUACGGCAGCCGCGGCGAGGCGGACCCGGCGGCGGAGCAGCAGCAGUGCGGAGACCCGCAGGUGCGGCACCGGCUGCGGCAGGACCUGGUGGCCAAGGAGCGGGCGGAUAAGAAGCGGAGCAAGAGCAUCGAUAAGACGCUGAAGGCGGAGAAGAGGGAGUACAAGCAGACGCACCGGCUGCUGCUGCUCGGUGCUGGUGAAUCUGGUAAAAGCACAAUAGUCAAACAGAUGAGGAUUUUGCAUGUGAAUGGAUUUAAUGCUGAGGAAAAGAAAAUGAAAAUUCAGGAUAUUAAGAACAAUAUUAAAGAAGCUAUAGAGACAAUAGUGACAGCAAUGGGCAACUUGGCACCUCCAGUUGAACUAGCCAAUCCAGAGAACCAGUUUCGAAUCGACUACAUCUUAAAUUUAGCUAACCAGAUAGACUUCGAUUUCCCACCGGAGUUUUAUGAACACACAAAAACACUUUGGCAAGACGACGGUGUGAAAGCCUGCUAUGAGAGAUCUAAUGAAUAUCAGCUGAUUGAUUGUGCACAGUAUUUUCUAGACAAGAUUGAUAUAGUGAAACAAAAUGAGUAUACACCAUCUGACCAGGAUCUUCUCAGAUGCAGAGUUUUGACAUCAGGAAUUUUUGAAACCAAGUUUCAAGUGGACAAAGUAAAUUUUCAUAUGUUUGAUGUUGGAGGGCAACGAGAUGAACGCCGAAAAUGGAUCCAGUGUUUUAAUGAUGUGACUGCUAUCAUAUUUGUGGUGGCCAGCAGUAGCUACAACAUGGUCAUACGAGAGGACAAUCAGACCAAUCGGCUCCAAGAAGCACUAAAUCUCUUCAAGAGUAUCUGGAACAACAGGUGGCUACGGACCAUUUCAGUAAUUCUUUUCCUGAAUAAACAAGAUUUGCUAGCAGAGAAAGUUUUGGCAGGGAAAUCUAAAAUUGAAGACUACUUUCCAGAAUUUGCUCGCUACACUACACCAGAUGAUGCAACACCAGAGCCUGGUGAGGAUCCCAGAGUUACAAGGGCCAAGUAUUUUAUUAGAGACGAGUUUCUUAGAAUCAGCACAGCAAGUGGAGAUGGAAGGCACUAUUGCUAUCCUCACUUCACAUGUGCAGUGGAUACAGAGAACAUCCGGAGGGUUUUCAAUGACUGUCGGGACAUUAUUCAACGCAUGCACCUUCGCCAAUACGAGUUGUUGUGAUGGACAGCACUUUUUUCUGUGUUUUGGACUCCUUAUUCCUUAUUAGAAAGAAAAAAAGCACCCUUGCCCACAAGGGAUGGAAGAGAACUGUUUGAAUCUCCCGUUGAUUUGCACCCCUCAACUUUUUCUCCUUGCUGGACAAUAGCAGCACUUCUAAGCUUGCUUCUUUACCCCUCGGACAGUUUGAGAUGGCCCCUAACACUUAAAGGCCAUUUCCAUGAGGACUCCCUAACACUGUUAUUAACAACAACCAAAAAAAAACAAAAAAAAACAAAAAAAAAAAGAGAGAGAGAAAAGAAAAAAAAAGAAAUAAACUAAUUAAUUGAAAGCCCUGAAUGUGGAGCACCUGAAAGAAUUGGGGUUUGAAAUUUAAAGCAUAAAACAAAAAUUGGGGAGAGAAUACUUUAGGUAAUUUAGCACUGUUGUGGGCAUAAUCAUAUAACCCGUGAUCUCCACUUUGUACCAUUCACUGCAUCAGACUAAAGAAGGUGCCAAGUCACAGACCAAGUUUGAAGACAGACACUUGAGUUUGGCUCUCUGACUGUAAUGUGGCUUUGAACGGAAAUACUGACAGUUCUACAACAGACCUAGACAGUGCAAAAACCAUCUGCUACCUUUCAGAAGGGUAUUUUUAAAACCAGUCUUGGUGGUCUUAAGACAACCGUGGACGUUUAUGAAUUGAACUGCAUAUGGCCUGUGAUCGCAGAAAGAGUUCACCACACACUGUUUUCAGUUUGUCCACUGAUGAUCCCGUCUGCUAUAAGAAUCAUUAUCUGGACUGUAGUCCUCACAGUCUUUCCCUUCUUUUUCUUCUUCCCUCCCCUCAUUUUUUAUUUUACUGCUGGAUUAUUAUUCUUGUACAGACUGUAAAAUGUAUUAUUUUGUACAACUUUAUUGAAAAAAAAAUAACUUGUAGAAGAUCUUUGUGCCUUGAUUAUGGCUGUACCUGUACAAUGAGCUAAGAUGUAAGUAUGUUUGAUUGCGCUGUACAGCUUUGUCAACCCUAUCUGCAGCAUUAGCUCAAGGUAGGGAAAAUUUAUCUGUAGUUUAGUUUUUCUGGUUUAUAAAAGAAGGAAAAAAUGCUGUUUAGUAAAAAAAAAAGAAAAAAAAAGAAAAAAAAGAUAAAAAGGAAAAAAAAAAGAAAAAAGUAUAAAUUGUGCAAACUUAACCACUUUAAAAGUGAGGUCUUCAACAAGUGACCAGAUGUUGCAGCAUCAUGCUUUUUAAUUUUAGCUUUAAUUCAUUUAAAUCUCUAUCCAAAUGCAAAACAUGGCUUGUUUCUACAUAAACCAAAUUUUGCUACCAAUUAUAAAUGUUAGUCUUUGGUCAUUCAUAGUCCUUUUUGCUAAAGACAAAAACAGAACAAUAACAAACACGUAGGGCAUCAUGCAGGUCUGGUGACCAUCUCUAGACUGGGCCAAAUACCCACCAACCUCCACUUCCACUGCGUGGGCAUAAUGCUACCAGAAUGACAAGGUGUGCACUGCCCUUGGAUUUGGCCACUGAAUUCCAGUUUCAAAUGACAUUUUUAUUUCUCUUUUAAUAAAGAGAUACUUUAGAACCUUUUUGUUUUAUAUUAACUAUAUAAGUAGCUUAAAGUGAAGAUGUGUGGAUUUUUCUUAAACUUGAAUAAUUUAUGCAAAUUAUAUGCUUAGAACAACAUGUGGUACAGUAAAAAGAAAAAGAGCAAAAAUCACUGUAGCAAUAAGAGAGCAUGUAAUUUUAGUAACUACUACACUGCUUUAUAUUUUAUACCUAGGUGUUUUAUGUCUCUGUGAGUGUGUUACUUUUUCAUGUGUCUAAACCUACGUGUACAAUUUGUACAGAGUCAGAAAUUACAACUGUAAUAACACAUCUAGAACAGUGUUAGCUUAUAUUACUCAAACCCCCCUGUUCCCUUUCAUUUACACCCCUAAACUGAUCUGGAUCUUAAUGCAGUGACUUUAAAAGGAAAACAAAAGGAAAUUGAACACUUGCCUCUUUGCCUUUCACGCUGGUUUCCCUUUAUCUGAGAUCCUGUGAUUCUUUUUUGGGAAAAGGUCCAGUUUAAAUUAAAAAGAGAGUGUGGUCAGUGAUGUCUGUGCAGCUAGAUUUGCUUCAGGUAUCAGAUGCCUUCAGUACUCAGACUGCAGCUGUUCAGGAUUGCGAGUUGGCAUUGCUUUUGUGGCUGAACUUGUAAAUGAGAAUUAACUGCCUAGUCCAUUGUCAUGUAUGUGAAGAGCUGGGAUUUGAUGGAGUUCCUAUCCCAGUCGUUCCAAAUAAUUCAAAAUUGCUGUGGAUUUUUCAGAAGACACUAAAUCAUCUAAACAUAUGAGCUGCAGUUGAUCUUUGUUUUUGGAAAAUUGUCUUUCCUGUUCAUGCUUUUAGAAAGUUGUCACCUGAACCUGACAGAAACGUAGGAGAACGUGACUCAAAAUGGCCCUCAGUCCCUUCAGAAAGUAUCCAGUGCCUGGUGGUUAAGGGAGGUAAAAACGGGACACGCAGAGUGAGGAGGAAAUCCAUUGUGAGCCUUAAUUUUAGUUACAGGAGCCAAAAUGUUUAACGUAGUGCCAACCCUUAAUCUUCUUAAGCCUGGGAGGAGUUGCUGUAAACAGCAAAUGUAUGAAAGGGGAGAACCUGUUGUGGUGGAAGGAAUGUAAUCUCUCACCUGAGAGAGGCAAAGCCCCUCCUUCAACCAACCAACAAAUAAACCAACUUCUGAUAACGAGAAGGGUUCAUCAGAACAGUGAGCUGCAGUAACGGCUCGAGAAACCUUCCUGUAAAGCUUUACAUGAACAGAACUGUUUAGGGGAUGCGUUUCUUUAAGUGAGGAGAAAGGCAAUUGUUUUGAAUAGAGUUGAGUUGCACAAGUAUGGAGUGUGUAUGUGUCUUAAUGUCUCAGUAUUGCCUUUGUUAGUCUCUUUAUUAGUCCAUGCAGUUUGGUGGCCUGGUAAACGCAAGUCUUAUUUUUAACAGCUUCUUCUUUUUUUUUUUUUAAUUACAAAACCAUAAAGCUUUAAUGCUUGCUAUUUAAUAAGUUACUGUGUUUUCUUCUGUCUCUCUAAUUUAGCGGCCAUAAUUUGCAGUUAAUUGAACCAUUCCAACCUAAUGCUUACCCAUAUUUCCUAGUUUUGUUUUAUUUAUUUAUUUGAACUUCUUGUUUUUAUGAUUGAGGACUUUCACUUCUGUCUCAUUCAUCUGUUUGGAAACUUCUGACCUUACAGCCAAAAUUUUACUCAUUCUACUCAGUAUUCGUUGUGAUGCUGAAGUGUAAGAUACCUGCAAAUGUAAACACUACCACUUUUAUUAAUAAAAGCAAAUACAGUGUUUUAGGGCACAUUUGCAUCACUGUAGUUGAGGUUGUGUCAGUAUUUCCAUUUUCAAGGGUCUAUAUCUUGGCACUAAAUUGCCCUAAGCUCAAUCUUUGCCAUACAAGGCUACUGCUCUAGCAUGAUUCGGUGGGUUGGUUUUUAAGCAGUCUCCAACACAAACUCUUGUUUCUGUUUUAAGUUAUUCAACUGUUCCGUUGGAUGGGGGUUGGUUUAAAAAAAAAAAAAAAUACUGGUUCAAGAUUGUUUUUGGCACUUCUGUAACUCAGAAAUGGUUUUGAUUUAAAAACAUAACCUUUGGCAAGCCAGUAACCUACAAUAUGGUCUGAUCACUUUGGGUAUUUUGUAAAAAAAUAAUAAUAAAUUGUAGAGAUGUUGUGGUUUCAAAAUCA